UAUCACUCUCAGCUCUCAACCCUCAACUUCCCUCCCUCUCCCUCUCCCUCUCCCUCUGCUGUUCCAUGGUUCCAUGGUUCCACACUUGGUCUGUUGUUGGUUGAGGACCUGAGGUGCCGUAGCUCUCUCUCUCUCUACUCCGUUUUCUCCUCCAUUGGAGAUCUAUUCCCCAUAAGUGGAUAAGGCCCUAGGUCUUAAUCUUCCUCAAUCAAUUGAGGAAUUCCCUAUUCCUCAGCCUUAUCUCUCUAUCUCUAUCUCUUUCUGAAUCUAAGAUAAGUGAGAAGUGCCUCAUUAAACUCCGCCCUAAUCUCAUAGAUAGAAAUAGUACUACUCCUUAUGACUACUGGUUUUUUUUUGUAGAGAGAACCAACUUUUCUUCCUUUUUCAAUUCUGAAACUACCCAAGUAACAAAAAUCAGUUAUUUUAACUGUUUCCCUCUUUCCUUCUUUCCGGGUUGGUUGGUUGCACACUUGCACCAUUCAUAAAAACAUCUGUUCAUGGACUCUUGGAGAGAAAUAGGAGGCAAAAUGGUUCAUGAUCAGUUGGAAAACAAGAUGGAUAGAGGAAGUGCACCAAGGCGUGUUUGGGUUCCUGGUCCGGUCAUUGUAGGUGCAGGUCCAUCUGGUCUAGCCACAGCUGCUUGUCUCAAGGAGGGAGGAGUUCCAAGCUUGAUCCUGGAAAGGGCUAAUUGCAUAGCUUCUCUUUGGCAGCUCAAGACUUACGAUCGCCUUCGUCUCCAUCUCCCUAAGCAAUUCUGCGAGCUUCCUCUCAUGCCAUUUCCUGCCGGUUUCCCUACUUAUCCCACAAAGCAACAGUUUAUGGAGUAUUUAGAAUCUUAUGCCAAGGUGUUUGAUAUAAGUCCUGCUUUCAACCAAACUGUGAAGAGUGCAAAGUACGAUCAUAGCCUUGGACUUUGGAAAGUGAUGACUAUUGGUUUGAAGGAAGAGACUGAGUAUGUUUGCCGGUGGUUGGUGGUGGCUACCGGAGAGAAUGCAGAGGAAGUGUUACCGGAAAUUGAAGGGAUCCAUGAUUUUAAAGGUUCCAAAGUACACACCAGUCAAUAUAAAAACGGCCAAAACUUUGAUAGCAAGAAAGUGCUGGUGGUGGGUUGUGGCAAUUCAGGGAUGGAAGUCUGUUUGGACCUCUGCAACCAUAAUGCUCGCCCAUCACUUGUUGUCAGAGACACAGUGCACGUCUUGCCAAGAGAGAUGCUAGGGAGAUCAACUUUCGGGCUGUCCAUGUGGUUGCUCAAGUGGUUUCCCAUGCGCCUUGUGGAUCGAUUCUUACUCCUCGUCUCUCGCCUUAUGCUGGGGGAUACUUCACGACUAGGUCUAUGCCGCCCACCUCUUGGCCCUCUAGAGCUCAAGAGCAUGUCUGGCAAGACUCCCGUCUUGGAUGCAGGCACUCUCGCCAAGAUCCAAUCCGGCCAAAUAAAGGUUUGUAGGGGCAUAAAGAGACUAACAGAUCAUGCAGUGGAGUUUGUUGAUGGAAAGGUUGAGAAUUUCGACGCCAUUAUCUUUGCAACUGGUUACAAAAGCAACGUACCUUCUUGGUUAAAGGAGAGAGAUUUGUUUUCAGAGGAAGAUGGGUAUCCUAGGAAGCCAUUCCCAAAUGGGUGGAAAGGGGAGUGUGGGCUUUAUGCAGUGGGGUUCACAAAGCGUGGGUUGCUAGGUGCUUCUAUGGAUGCCAGGAGGAUAGCCCAAGAUAUAGAGCGCUGCUGGAAAGCUGAGUCCAAACAUCUCACUGCCGUGGCUUCUCCUCGUCGACCACCACCACCGCCACCACCGACUCCACUACUGUCAUGAUUUGAUGAGUACUCCUUUUCUUUCUCUCUUUUUUCAGAGCUGAUCUGAUCCUUUCUCUCCCUUUUAAGGGAAGGGGUAUCAAUCUCAGACUCUCAAAUGGUGGUGCCAGCCAGCCCUUCCAAUUUUCAAAAGAUGGAAAGGAAAGGAACGAAGAAAGGUGGUGGUACCACAGAAGCAGCUCCUCCCUUUGGGGAAAAAAGAGAGAGCAAAUUGGUUCAUAUAAAGCUCAUCAAGGAUUGCUUGGAUCCUUGCUAUGAUUCUCAUCAACAAUGCUCUCAACUACCCCAGGCUGCCAAAGGGUGAAAAAAGUAAGCAUGGAUCAUCUCUCCACGUGGUGACCUCCCUACAUCAAUUUGGAAAAAAUUUCGCUACUGCCCGAGUUGGAGCCAAGGAAAUGGAAUCCUACGGGCAAGUUUGAAAAUAUCCACCCAGGGUGAAUUUUUCCACUCCUAUCCCUGAGAUUCCAUUCCCUUGACUCGUACCGGGGUUGUAGCCAAGUGACUCAACCAAGCAGCAGCCAAGUUUGGUUUGAUGAGAUUCAUCAUGGAUGGGGUGUAAGGCUAUAAGUUUGGUGCAUUAAAUGCUUUGACUCAUGAUCUGAAUAGCACGGUACAAUCCGUUUGAAGAGGGUAACUCUUCUCCCCAAAUGAGGAGCUGAUCCGGACUUGAAAAAGCCUUAGCAAAGGAGGAUUUGAGAAAAUGGAAGCAGCUGAUUUGUUGUUGUAACCUAUUGGUGGGGGCUUCUUAAUAUAAUAAAUUGUACAUCUUGUAUAUUGUCAA